AUGUCUGUUGGCGCUAAUGUUAUUUCAGUUUUACUGUUACUGGCAAUUGUCGUUACUCAUUUGCAUGCUGCAUAUCAACAUUACGUGAUCAAGAAAGAUUUCAGCUUCGGAUUAUGGAAGAAGCAAUUCUCGGUCUAUGAUUCGGCGGGAAAGGUUCUAAAGUAUCGCAUCGAAUCGAAAUUUCUACGUACUGGCAGUAGACAAGUUCAUGCAUAUCCAUCAAAAGAAGUUGUUGGCAAAUUAACUCGUAGAUGGACAUGGGCUUUGAAAGCUGAUAUUUCAGUUCUCGAUCCAAAUUCCAACCGUUGGAUCAAUGGGAAUAUUACGAAACUAAAUAAACUUACUUUAAAACAUCCAACCAAAUACUCCAUCUAUUGGAAUGGUCAAUCCUUGGUGAUGGAAACCCAUAUUGCCUCAUACUUCAGACAAAUCUAUGAUAAACCUGAAGAGGAUAACUUGGCUGAAUUUUCAAAACGGCUCCUUUCAAAAUCGGCACCAGAUGAAUAA